AUGACUUUGGUGGCAAGACCCAUUCCUCCUACACCUCCCCAGUCUACAGACGGACAUUCCUUGCCUGAAGAGUUCGGAGGCCCUGGAGUCUACCGACCUGCAUACGACAACAUGGCCAUGUCUGAUGAGGAAAUCAGCACUCGCCAGCAAGAAAUGCACUACGGUUCUCCUCCAUUCUACAACGCCCCCGGUUUUUCUCAGAACAUGCCUCCUCAAUCGAUCAUGAUGGCUGGUGCCCAGGUCACCACACCUCCCCGGGGAUCUGAUGAGGAUCUCAUCCCAAUGGGUUCACCUACCAUGAUGACCCCUUCCCCACCUUGGUCACAGUCCCCGCACAAUCGCCCCAAAGCAUCAUCAGCUAGGGCAACCAAACAGCGACGCAACCGUGCCCGGAGAGAACUCUCCGAUCCGGGUAUCAAGCUCGAUGGACCAAUCAGUCAACUUACAGAAUCUUUCCACACUACUCCUAUCAAGGACAUGGACGCCUGGGUGGCUCGAUCCACUCUUGAGAGACAGGACGAGGUCCGCAAGAAGAAUGGGAAGAUCUCUCGACCCAUGAAUUCCUUCAUGCUUUACCGGUCUGCAUAUGCAGAGCGCACCAAGAGACUAGUGGGUGCGAACAACCACCAAAUCGUCUCAAAGGUCGCAGGCCAGGGCUGGAAGCUAGAGCCCAUUGAGAUUCGCCGAAAGUACGAAGACCUGGCGAAGCUCGAACGUGACAACCAUGCCGCAACACAUCCAGACUACAAGUUCUCGCCCAACAAAAACACAGCCACUACCACCCGACGCGAUAGCGGUUCUCCUGCCUUUACACCAGGACCUACCGGCGACGAAGGGGGUUUCUCUGACCUGGAAAGUGACCUUGGAUCGACUUCAUACCAUGGGUCUUCCUACGCCCACUCGCGAACCCAAAGCUUCGAAGAGCCCUACUACGACAGUAGCCGGGACUCCUCGCCAUUUGGACCUGAUUCCAUGAUGACACCUGGAUAUGUUAACUCCUCCUGGCAAAACACAAGCCACCCAAGUGGCCUCCCAGUGAUCCAACCCAGCUCUCUCCAGGGCUCCGAAUCCUACGGUGCAGACAUCUACCGCUCCACCAGCCCAAACCAGCAGGAUAUGGGAUAUGGCUCUUCCCUCGCCGGUCUCCCUGGUGCUGCUCACCACGAGCUACUCCAGCCCCAGCCAUUCAACGACCUAAACAUGCACGACAUGGAUCCCCGACUUCUUUGCCACGGCGGCGAGUCUUCUGGAGUUGGCAUGGCCGGUCCUUCCUAUUCCGCCGCUCCUGGCUCAUACUCUACCUGGGCUGACGAGACUCAACCCGGCUUUUACGCAGCCUCAUCGGGACCAUCCAUGCCUCCCAGCACCGUUUCCUACGCUCACCCUAGAAUGGCCUCUGCCUACCUCCCCAGCAUGCAGAGCCUCGAGGGUCGGGAUCCCUCAUGGGAUCUGCCUCGCCACGAAAGCAUGGCCGACCCUACUGGCGCUGAGUUCGAUCUGUGGUGCUCUCCUGACACUAACUCUAACGGCUACUAA